AGGAGAGAUGAUUGAAACAUCUUAAAACAUGGCUGAGUGUGACAAGUUCUCCCUCCUAGUACUCGCUAAGAAGAGGUAACACACUAGUACGGCCAACUAGGAUGCAUUUGACUGUCAUGAAGGGACGGGUUGACAAGGGCACGACAGUCCUCCUGGUCCUCCUAGCACUCCUAGUAGACCUAGUUGCAUCCCAGGAGCUUAACACAGACAGUUCCCAGCUGGACGACAUGGAGGAGGUUCAGGUGGUUGUUGGGUUCAACGCGUCACUUCCCUGCAGUAUACGCGCCCCGGACCACGACGCACCGACGCUCACCCUGUGGUACAUCGCCGACGGGGAGGCGCCAGUGUACAGCUACGACGAGCGGCCGGGCUACCACAAAGGGUCCCAGUGGGCGGACACGGAUGUCUUUGGGUCGAGGGCCAUCUACAGCGCCCACAGCAUCCCGCCCGCGCUCGUGUUGGCCCAGGCUACUGUUGAGGACGCUCGCCUCUACCGCUGCCGGGUCGACUUCCAGAAUACGAGGUCACGGGUUGCUUGGGUCAAUCUCACUGUUAUAGUGCCGCCCAGGAGGACUCAGCUGAUGGUCCAGAAUUCGCCGGUGAACUUAGGUGACCGCAAUGACGUCAUUUGUAAGGCCUCUGGAGGUAAGUCCACGCCAGAGACUAUAUUGGUAUGGAGUGUUUGGGUCUGUGUGUUUAUGGGGCUGGUCCAUCAGGCGUUAUGUGUUGUCAUAGCCGUUUUUCCACACGAACUUAAGAAAAGCAGAGAUAUUGAGUUAGCGCGAGAUGAAUGCUGCGGAUGGGAAAAAAAGAAGUUUAAAAAAGUAGAUUCCACUCAGUGCGAGAAGCAGCAUCUAUUCCCCGCAUUCAUUAUAUCUCUUCACAAUUUACGACCCAGCAUUGUGCCCUAUUUUAUUUUGCACACUGCAAGCGUGUCAGUUGCAGAAGAUGCACCGUCGGGAUUUAAGUUUAUGGAUGUCACGGACCCCCAGUUGCCGCUUCUAUUUAUGGCAACGCCCGUAGUUGGAUCCGGCCCCACGCGCCAUGUGACACCGCAGGCUGUGUUCCCUCUAAGGAAUUUCUUGACGUCGUGUGAGUGCAUUCGCCGUGCUUUCGAGAGGCAACAAAGAUCUAAAAAUAGCGUUUCACUUGGAUUAGAACUUGGUACGCCUCCACCUCAGGUUGUGUGGUUGCAGCGUGGUAGUGUGGUAGACUCUUCCUACACUCACACGGGCGAGGAAACCUACAACGUUCUCGAGGUUGAAGCAACGAGAGCUGAUCUGACGCACCCGUUUUUCUGCAAGGCUACUAACAACGACCGCAUAGGACCCGAUACUGUGCAACACGAGAGGAAUGUUACGUGUGGCCCUCUCAGCGUGACGAUUAGCGGGGAGGAGGAGCCCAUUGCAGAAGGCAGGUCAUCCACACUGACCUGUACCGUCAUAGGGAGCAACCCCCCUGCCCUCGUGACCUGGUAUCAACAAGGUCAAAUGAUUAAACCCUUACAUACUGUGGUGCGGGAACGAGAUAACGUGACGACCAGCGUGCUCACCCUCAACGCCUCCAGAUCCGACCACAUGAGGCAGCUGGUGUGUCGGGCGGUGAAUGCUCUUCUGCCGGAGGAGACGUUGGAGGAUAUACUCACCCUCGAUGUCCAGUACAAGCCGAUUGUGACAAUGUCCCUGGGCAGGUCGCUCGAUCCGGACAAUUUGAGAGAAGAAAAUGACAUAUUUUUCGACUGCAAGGUCGACGCCAACCCGGAUCCGUAUAAGGUCGAAUGGUGGCAUGACAACGACCUGGUGACCCAAAAUCUGGCCGAGGGCGUGCUGGUGAGCGAGUCGACGCUGGCCCUCCAGAGAGUUUCGAGAGAGAAGUCCGGUUCCUAUCAGUGUCGAGCGUCGAACGUGGAGGGCGACACUACGAGCGACCCAGUCAAUAUUUCCAUCAAGUACGCCCCUCGCUGCGCCGUCAGCCCAUCCCUGCGCGGGGUAGGCCUACAGGAGCCGAUCAACGUAACGUGUGAAGUUGACGCUGACCCCGUCGACGUAACAUUCACGUGGACGUUCAACAACUCGGUCCGGAGGGAGCAGAGUGAGAUCGUAGACAGCAAGAGGUACACAACGGAGAAGCUGCGAAGUGUCCUGUUCUACACCCCGAGAUCUGAGCGUGACUACGGAACCCUGCUCUGCCACGCCCAAAACUCCGUCGGCCUGCAAACCACGCCUUGUUCUUUCACUGUUAUAUCAGCAGGUGCCUUGGGUGGUUAUUUUGUAUAA